UGUCUCGUGACGUCAGCCCACGGCGCCGGAAGUGGCGCGUCCCGGAAGAGAAACGUGAGGUUGUCUGUGUCCGCUGUUUCGAGAGUAAUGAUGCGGGUGUGCUGGUUGGUGAGACAGGAUAGCCGGCACCAGCGAAUCAGACUUCCACAUUUGGAGGCAGUGGUGGUUGGGCGUGGCCCAGAGACCAAGAUCAUUGACAAGAAAUGUUCUCGACAGCAAGUACAGUUGAAAGCAGAGUGUAACAAAGGAUAUGUCAAGGUAAAGCAGGUAGGGGUCAAUCCCACCAGCAUUGAUUCAGUCAUAAUUGGGAAGGACCAAGAGGUGAAGCUGCAGCCUGGCCAGGUUCUCCACAUGGUGAAUGAACUUUAUCCAUAUAUUGUAGAGUUUGAGGAAGAGGCAGAGAGCCCUGGCCUGGAAACACACAGGAAGAGAAAGAGGUCAGGCAACAAUGAUUCUAUAGAAAGGGGUGCUGCCCAGGAAGCUGACUCCCAUACAGGACUGGAACCUGGGAGUGACCCUGGCCAAUGCUCUGUGCCCUCAAAGAAGGAGAAAGAUGCAUCUACCAAAAAGGAAUCAUUGGGCCACUGGAGUCAAGGCUUAAAAAUUUCUAUGCAGGAUCCCAAAAUGCAGGUUUACAAAGAUGAGCAGGUGGUGGUGAUUAAGGAUAAAUACCCCAAGGCUCGUCACCACUGGCUGGUCUUACCAUGGGCUUCCAUUUCCAGUCUGAAGGCUGUGACCAGGGAACAUCUUGAGCUCCUUAAACACAUGCACACUGUGGGGGAAAAGAUGAUUACAGAUUUUGCUGGGUCCAGCAAACUCCGCUUCCGAUUGGGUUACCAUGCCAUUCCCAGCAUGAGCCAUGUACAUCUUCAUGUGAUCAGCCAGGAUUUUGAUUCUCCUUGCCUCAAAAACAAAAAACAUUGGAAUUCUUUCAAUACAGAAUACUUCAUAGAAUCGCAAGCUGUGAUAGAGAUGGUACAGACCGCUGGCAGAGUGAGUGUCCGAGAUGGGAUGCCUGAGCUCUUGAAGCUGCCCCUCCGUUGUCACGAGUGCCAGCAGCUGCUGCCUUCCAUUCCUCAGCUGAAAGAGCAUCUCAGGAGACACUGGCCAAAGUGAUUCUGUGGAGCCUGAACUUUUGCAGCAGGAUAAGGGGAACUCCUUCCUAUACAAAUCCAACUCCUCACCUUGACCACAAGUCCAAGAUGGAAGCAUCUGUGUUCUGGGCAGGAGGAUGGAAGAAAAGAUGAAGAAGGGGAUCAAGGAUUCACACAUACUCUUUGAGGAAGUUUCCUGGAAUCUCCUCCAUGAUUCUUCUUUUUGUAUUACCAUGGCCAGAAUUCAGCCACAAGCCAAAGGUGACCAAGCUUUAAGGGCAGCUGUGAAAUAUAACCUUUAUUUUUGGUAAAUCCAUGCUCAGCUAAAAUUUUUAUUAUUACAGAAGCAGCAUAGAAUGUAAAUUAGAGACAUUGAACAGUGUCUACCAGUAUUCCUUUGCACAUGAAAAAAAAUUUGAGUUCCCUCUUUUAACAUGGAGGGCUUUCCUUUACAGUGUCAUUCCAAUAGGAACUGUAGGGGGAAAGUAAAUUUUUUACUUAUAUUGCAAAUAUUUUACAAAUAUUACCUUUUAAUUUUAUAAUCUUUAAUUUUUUUAUGCUCUCAUCAUACAGAGGAGGGAACAUGAAGGGGGGAGAAGGGCAGAGGCAGAGAGAGGAAAUCCCCAGCAGGCUCCAUGCUCAGCACAGAGCCCAAUGUGGGCUUGAUGCGGAACUUGAUCCCAUGACCCUGGGACCAUGACCCGAGCCAAAAUCAAGAGUGGGAUGCUCAACCGACUGAGCCACCCAGGUACCCCAGGCAUUCCAUUUUAUAAAACUAAUUUCUUGUUUCUGGAUUUUAUAUUUUGCUCAAGUAGGCCUUCCUUAUCCAUAUGUUCUCAUAUUUUCUUUUGGUACUUUUAUACUUUUGUUUUUUUUUACUUUAGAUCUUCAUUAUAUGUGGCAUUUAAAUUUUGGUAGUGUGACAUAGGGAUCCAUCUUUAUUUUUUCAAUUUUUAUCUAACUCCAACUCGUUUUAAACUAGCCUUCAUUCUCAUUCAUUUGAAAUGCCACAUUUAUGGUGAACUAAAUUUUAAUACAUACACAAGUCUGUUAUGGGCUCCCUAUUUCAGUUAUAUUGAGCUAUUACUAAACUCUCAAUUUUGGUUACCAUGGUUUUGUAGAAUUUCUUUAUUCUUCACUCUUUUUCUUCUUUUCCUCCCCACUCCUCCUCCUUUCUCUACUCUUACUUUCAUUUCACCUAGCUGAGCUUGUAGGACACUCCUAUGAGGGUGAGACAAACUGGCACAAGCUUCCAUCUCUGUUUUCUUCACUGUAGAAUCUUUGUGCCUCUCGUACUCAGCACCUUUGCGUUUCUUUGCUGCCUAAUGUCACCUUUCUGGGUCUUGCAUUGUGUGAGAUGCUGCCAUUGGAUGGAUUGCUGCUUAUAGUUGACUUGUUCUUUGUGCUUCAUCCUUUUGAUCCUUUGUGUGUGUAUAAAAUCUAUUUCUUUUUAUGACUAUAUUUAAACAUUUUCCCUAAGUUCUCUGAAGAUGUAAAAUCAAUUGUUGACAUCAAUACACGUGAAUCCACCUCUUUAUUUCCUUUUAUUUAUCUUUUUUGACUGCCUGACUGGUUUCUUCAGGAAGGAUGAAAUUGUUUUCUGAGUCAAUGAGCUGCUGAAUCUCAGAAUCAGGUAGCACAUGAAUGUUACAUGGUGCUCAGUGGUUUAUACGGCCUUGGAAACAAUUUGCUACCUAAAGUUCUGGCUGAACUUGUCCUGGAUGCAGAUAAUAAGGGAGUGCUUGUGGGUGGUUCAGUAGGAUGAUAAAUAGGCACACCUCUCCCUAGAGCUUUAUCUCUCUAGACUCUUUGGGCCACUUUUCUGCUAUCCACUUUGACUUUCUCUAUGGUCAUGGCCUGUCCGAUCAGUGUUCUUCUUUAACAUUUUAUUGUCUUGUCUACAGUUUCUUUUCCAGAUGAAUUUCCUAUUCAACUUGUCAGAAUCUAAUAAAAAAGUCUCAGAAUUUUGACUUUGACUGUAUUUAAUUUACCAACUAAUGGGAGGGAUAUUAACCUUAUUGACCAUGUUGGAUCAUCAGAACAGAUUCUGAUGACAGGACUUGGGACUUUAGUGGUUUUCAUGAGUGUGUGUGUAUGUGUGUGUACGUGCGUAUGUAGGUGUAUAGAAUGGUGGGUGGGAGAUAAACAUGGAGGGCUUUCCUUUACAGUGUCAUUCCAAUAGGAACAGUAGGGGGAAAGUAAAUUUACUUGUUUAGUCAGCCAUCUUGAAUAGAAGCUCUGAUUACUUUUAUGAGACAGAACAAUCUAUAUUUAAAAAGGAAUCAAGGCCAAAUAAGCCAAUACAGUUUGGUUUACAUUAAAAUGUUAAUCAAUGCACAUAAAGUCACUGAAUGCACACUGAAAGGUUGCCACGGCAACAGUCAUUUUCAUGAAAUGAUUUUAGAUACUAGAUUCUUGAGUGAAGGCAUGCCUUAUUAUUUGCUUUAAGACAUCUUUACUGCACUUGCUUUCUCUCUCUCUCUCUCUCUCUCUCUCUCUCUCAUCUCCUUGGAGGUUAGAAAAUGGAAAGGGAUCUGCACCUGAUAGAAUUCUUUGAAAGCAACAGAAAUAAAUUUUACUCAUUGGGUAAAUAUAUUUACCCAAAAAUAUAUUUAUUGGUAGGAUGAAAGGGUGGUUCACAGAGUUGAAGGAAAUGUGAAGAGGGGGACUCAGAGGGGUCAGAAGUAUAGAGCAACUCUGAGAAUCUGGAAAGCAGUAAUCACAAAAUGGCAUCUUCAGGGCAACCAGAAGAAUGAGUGAACUCUUACCAUUUUCAGUUUUGUGUCACUAUGUUCAAGGUUUAAAUUCUAGGAAGUUUCUGAUCUACCUGGUUUGAAAGAAAAAUUUUGUACACACACACGCGUGCGCGUGCACAUACACACACCUUUUUAUAGAGAGGAUUGUUGCAGAGAGAUGAUUCUUCUUUUUUAAUUUAUUUAAAUUCAGGUUAGUUAACAUACAGUGUGGUAUUGGUUUCAGGAAUACAACCCAGUGACUCAUCACUUACAUAUAACACCCAGUGCUCAUCCAAUGAAUGCCCUUCUUAAUGCCCAUCACCCAUUUAGCCCAUCUUCCCACUGACUCCCCUCUAGCAACCCCCAGUUUGUUCUCUGUAUUAAAGAAUCUGUUAUGGUUUGCCUCCCUGUUUUUAUCGUAUUUUUCUUCCCUUCCCCUAUGUUCAUCUGUUGUGUUUCUUAUAUUCCACAUAUGAGUGAAAUCUUUCUCUGCCUGACUUAGUUUGCCUAGCAUAAUACACUCUAGUUCCAUCCACAUUUUUGCAAAUGACAAGAUUUCAUUCUUUUUGAUUGCC